GAGGAAUUCACAAGGAGAAUGAGUCUGGAAUCUAUGGUAGAAACCUUACGAGAGGAGGCCCAGGAAGCCGAAGCUCUCCAUGAGGAGUUAAAUGAAAAGAUUGAGAGACUGAAAGCAGAACUUGUGGUCUUUAAGGGUCUGAUGAGUGAUCCCAUGACAGACCUGGACACAAAGAUUCAAGAAAAGGCCAUGAAGGUGGACAUGGACAUCUGUCGGCGAAUCGAUAUCACAGCCAAGCUGUGCGAUGUAGCGCAGCAGCGCAACUCUGAAGACGUUUCCAAGAUAUUCCAGGUGGCUUCCAAGAAGAAAGAGCGCAAGCUCACGUCUGAUGAUGACCUCUCUGAACAGGAUGGAGACAACAGCAGGUUCUCUGACGAUGAGGUCAGCUGCUCCUUGAACAUCACAGAUGAAAUGAAGCGUAUGUUUAAUCAGCUUCGGGAGACAUUCGAUUUUGAUGAUGACUGUGAUAGUUUAACAUGGGAGGAGAAUGAGGAAACGUUGCUGCUCUGGGAAGACUUCACAAACUGCAAUCCUUCCAUUGACCUCCAAGGAGAGCAGGAAGAAAACCUGGGAAACUUGAUCCACGAAACAGAGUCUUUCUUUAAAACGAGAGACAAGGAAUACCAGGAAACAAUAGGGCAGAUAGAGCUGGAACUGGCCACAGCCAAGAGUGACAUGAAUCGCCACCUUCAUGAGUACAUGGAAAUGUGUAGUAUGAAAAGGGGCCUGGAUGUCCAAAUGGAAACCUGUCGUAGGCUUAUCAAAGGCUCAGCUGACAGAAAUUCUCCAUCUCCCAGCUCUGUAGCCAGCAGCGACUCAGGAAACACAGAUGAAAUUCAGGAUGAGUUGGACAGAGAGACGGAUGUGGAGCCCAUGGUCACCUGA